AGUAAAAAACAUAGAACCGUAAUAACAAGCAAGUCCUUUGUCACAAACCAGCAAUCUUGGUGUUUACCCCAUCUGUAAACAUUAAUAUCAAAACCCCUUUUGCAGUAAUUGAUUUGUUACACGCAGUAUACUGUUUUGACCGAUUAAACUCACAAAUCUUUUGUAGCUUUCCUCCUUGACAAAUCCACACGCAAUCUUGAAAGUCAUAUAAAAUCCUAGCCAUUUCCAGGAAAUUUCCACACUUUUAACCUAAUCUUCACCUAUUAAUACUUCCUUUUCUCCUUUUCAUACAUCAAAAUCCAAAACUCCCACCUCUGUUUUCUUCCCUGCUCCUUACAUUUUCUUUACUUUAAAACUUUUAUAUUUCUAUCAAUCCUCGAAAACCCAUUUGCCUUUUUGUUUGUCUUUGAAGGGAAUUGAAGUAAGAAAUGGAGAACAACCGGCAAUCAUUUUAUCAAUUCAGUGAUCAACUGAGGGUGCAGACACCAAAUUUAGCUAAUCUGUCACUCAAUGACUCAAUUUGGAGCAAUUCAUAUGGAUCUAAGAGGCCAGAUCAAAGGAGGAAUUUUGAUAUCAGAGUUGGUGCUGAAGUUAACAAUCUGAAGCAAAAGGGUUCUGAUUUGAAUAGUUUCAAUGAUGGAUGGAACCCGAUUAGUGAUUUGAAGCCAAAGGGUUCUGAUAUGAAUCUUUUCAAUGAUGGAUGGAACCCUGUUAAUGAUCUGAAGGCAAGAGGGUCUAACUUGAAUCUGUUCAAUGAAGGGUGGAAUUCUGUCAAUGAUUUGAAGCCAAAAGGAUCUAACCUGAAUGUGUUCAAUGAUGUAUAUAAUCUGAAGCCAAAAGGAUCUGAUUUGAAUGUGUUCAAUGAUGGAUGGAAGAUGGGGUCUAGUGCCAACAAUUAUGGUGUUAGUCCAAUUGGACCUAUGGGUCAAGUUGUUGGUGGAUCUCAAAAAAACCUUGGGGUCAAUGGAGGAUUCAGUAAUGGGAUCUAUUCAAAGAACACUAACAUCCAUAACAAUAACCUUAAUAUUAGUGUGAAGGGUAGCAAGAACAAAGGAGAUGAUGAUUUUGGAAGCAAGAGUGGCAAAAAGAACAGCAACAAGAAGAGCAACAGUAACGAUAAUAAUGAUAAUAAGAGUGCUGCUGAUAAGAGGUUUAAGACACUACCACCAUCUGAGUCUCUGCCUAGAUAUGAAACAAUUGGUGGAUAUAUCUUUGUCUGCAACAAUGAUACCAUGGCAGAGAAUCUCAAGAGAGAGCUUUUUGGUUUGCCUCCCCGAUACCGCGAUUCAGUGAGGCAGAUCACUCCGGGCUUGCCCCUUUUCCUUUACAACUACUCCACUCACCAACUCCAUGGAGUUUUUGAGGCUGCAAGUUUUGGAGGAACAAACAUUGAUCCCUCAGCCUGGGAAGACAAGAAAUGUGCUGGGGAAUCACGCUUCCCUGCUCAGGUGAGAGUUAUGACAAGGAAAGUUUGCGAGCCACUGGAAGAGGACUCUUUCCGGCCAGUUCUCCACCAUUAUGAUGGCCCUAAGUUCCGCCUCGAGCUCAACAUACCAGAGGCGUUGUCUCUCCUGGACAUCUUUGAAGAACAAAACCCUUGAAAACAUGACUCCAUGCGGGCAUACAUACACACAGAAAGUGAAAAAGGAAGAGUUGAAAACAGAGUAGAAGAUAAAGAAUAGUUGUUUGGCUUCAAUUUACUAAAGUUUUAAGGAGGGUUUGGAGAUGAAUUAUGGGAAUAGGAAAGAGGCUGAAAAUGAAAUGAAUCCAGGGCGAUGUAUAGUCUUUUCGAAUGGAGGCUGUUUGCCCUCUUUCUCUGUUCUCUAGCUUGUCGUAUAAAUAAGUACUACAAACAAACAUAAAUGAGACUUCUAUUUAAGUUGUUGUUGUAAUAAAGGAUGUAUUGUUGUUUGGAUUUCUUUCCAUUUGCAUAAGAAGCAAUGGAAAUAAAUGGUACCACUAAAGAAAGAGAUGACUUUAAGCUCA